UGGGUUAGCAGUCUUAGAAGACCAUCGAUACAUAGAACAUGGGAAUAUCAGAGAAUUGUGUAUAAAUCUGCUCGUACAUCUCGUCUAUAUGUGCUUGCUGAGUGACGAUAAUUCAUUAGGAACGUGACUACCGGAAUUUCCUAGACUUUCCAUGGGGUAUGUCAUACAGAGCUUCAUCUACUCUUCUUACAUUUUUAGGUGAUCCAAUAAACACUGGACAUUCGCCUUCGAUCAGCUCUGCUUCCCAUAUCCCAUUCGUUUCAACUUUCCAAACUCCCAACGGACAACCAGGGCACGCUCAGCGACCACCGGAAACAAGCCUACACCACGGCCGACAUCCACAUGCAUCCACACCUCAUCCGCCCAGCCCAGCACCCACCUCAAUCCCCCUCUCCACUGCCACCCGCACCCGCUCCCUCGCCACCUGGUUCCCACACUCCACCUCCAAAUUCUCAAGCCACACCUUCGCCGCGUGUCCGCCGACCGUGAUCUCGAUGCCCGGCACGGGGAUGCCAAGCGCAUGGAGCCGUUGGAGCUCGUGUUUCUCCUCCGGGGAAAUGGAGAGGGGGUCAGUGUCGGGGGAUGGGGGGGGUUUGGAGGGUGGGGUUUCGGUGGAGGGGGAGGGGGGGAGGCGGGGACGGGCGAUCGGGGUGAUUGCGGAGGAACCGAAUUGGGAUUCGAGGAGGAGGAGAAGGCGGGAGAGGCGGGUGGAGGAGGAGGUCGGUGUAGAUGGUUGGGAUGUCGAGGUCGGCGCGUGGGAAUGGGAAUGGGCCUGAGAGGAGUCUGUAGAUAUGUUAGCGUAGAUUCGGAUGCUUGAAACCUAGAAAAGCCACGACAAAACUAGCCUAGAAUGGUGGACGAUGGGAUUGUUCGUGCAAGAGAAACUUACGCUUCACCGCGGCUGGGCUACUCUCCACCGUCAACAACACCCCCACAACUGCAUCCGCGAUCCCAUCAUUGACCAUAUUCCCCUCCCACUCCACAACCACCUUCCCUUGCGGCCCACCACACUCCACCCGCACGCAAUCCAUCACU